AUGGGAGGUAAAGGCGGUAGCGGUGGAGGAGGGAAGGGAGGUGGUGGUGGAGGAGGGAAAGGCGGCGGUGGUGGUAGCAGUGGAGGAGGUAGGAGCGGCGUUGGUGGUGGUCAUGGAGGAGGAGGAAAAAGUGGUGGUGGUGGAGGAGGUGGCUACAUGGUGGCACCAGGGAGCAACGGAUCUUCCUACAUUUCAAGAGAUAACUUUGAGAAUGACCCUAAAGGUUACUUUGAUAAUCUGCAUGGUAGUGGACAGGGCAGCAAGUAACUUUGGUCUAUGUAUUUAACUAUCUAUGCAGUGAUCAGGAUUAUGGUUGUUAUUACCAAAUAAAUUACCUAAUGAUCAAAUAAAAUGAUGUUUUUCUAUUUCAUCCUUCUUCAAUCCUCAUAUUAACAGAAAUUAGCAACUCUAUAUGGAUAUAAUCAUGCAAUAAGUUCAUUAGGAAACUCUAAAAUUCUAAAUAAAUUUUGUGGUGUGCACAAUUCAGUGAUUCUAAUUUAAGCAAGUGGUUGUGUUUGAUUAACAUUAACUUUUAUUGCUCCUAAUCAUCCUUUUGAUCAUGAAACACGUUACCAAGGAAUGAAAAAGAAUUAUGCAUUCCUUAUUUUUUUUUUUUGUAUUUUAUCAUUUAUAAAGAAUACUUUUUCCUUUUAUUCCUUCUCAUUUUUUUUAUUCUAGAGUAAUAUAGAACAAAUUUGUUACUUCCAAAAUUGAUAAGGAAUAAUUUU